AUGUCCUUCUCUCUGUCUCGUGCUCGUGCUUCGAGCGUACUAUUGCGUAGAAUCAACUCCCCCAGACUAUAUAGCCGCGCCACCCGCGUUCACAAUCGCUACCUUUCCAAUACCCCAAUCAUGUCGACGCCCAUUCAUGAGAUGGCUGCUACCGGCUUCGGUACCGGUACCAAUGAGCUCUAUGACCGCGCGCGCCCGUCGUACCGUCCCGAGGCGAUCGCGCACAUCCGGUCAGCCAUCCCCGCCGAACAGGCCGACAUCAUCGAAGUCGGCUCUGGCACCGGCAUCUUCACGCGCGCACUCCUCGCGCACCCGUCGUUCAAAUCCUCCGUGAAGUCCUUGGUCGCUGUCGAGCCCUCUGAGGGCAUGCGCGCGCAGUUCGCCAAGACUGUCAAGGACGAACGCGUUAGCCAGCGUGAAGGCCAUUUCAGUAGCAUCGGAGGAGAGGACAGUAGUGUGGAUGCGGUUAUCAUUGCUCAGGCGUUCCAUUGGGCCCACCCGAACUACGAUGCGCCGGCGAGGGAGUUCGCCCGUGUGCUCAAGCCGGGAGGCGUUCUUGCGCUGAUCUGGAACCUGGAAGAUCGUGAAGCCGCGGGUUGGGUUGCUCAGCUGCGGGACGCCUACGAGCAGUAUGAGAAGGGUGCACCGCAGUUCCGUCACGGUCUCUGGCGCGCGUUGUACGACACCGAAGGCUACAAAGAUAACUUUGCGCCACCGGAGGAAGAGACGUGGGCGUGGGCGCUCGAGGGCAGCCUUGAUAUCGUCAAGGACCGCGCGCAGAGCAAGAGCUACGUCGCCGUGCUCGACCCGGAGACCAAGGCGGGCGUUGUGAAGAAGCUUGAAGAGAUCGUUGCGAAGGGUGACGGGCUUAAGUGGAUAGACAAGGAGAAGGGCACCUUUGAGUACCCGUACAAGACGCUGGUCGUCAUUGCCCGCAAGAAGUAA